AUGUCAUCAGUAUUAAUUAUAUCUAAAUUUGAAGACUUAAGUGAUGAUAUAUUAAUGGAUGUAUUUGAUUUACUUGAUCCAGCUGUUUAUAUAUAUCAUUCAUUUUUUAAUUUAAAUCAACGUUUAAAUCGAAUAAUAAAUGAUUCACGUUUAUUAAUUUCACUUGAUUUAAGUCAUUUAAUAAAUCCAUCUAAUUUUGCUUAUCAUUGUCAAAUAAUGUUACCUAAUAUGUCGAAACAAUUAAUAUCAUUACGUUUAUCAAAUGAACAUAAAUUAUAUGAACAAAUAAAAAUAUUUCUUUUAAAUAUACGUUUAGGAAAUUUUCAUGCUUUACGUCAAUUAUCUCUUAUACAAAUAACAUUUGAUCAAUUAAGACGAAUGCUUGCUGAUAUUUUAUCUUUAAAUAAACUUAUACGACUUGAUAUUGAUAUGUUUGAUGGAUCUGGAACUAGUCUUAAUGAACUUAAUCUUAUAGCAAAUACAUUAUUAAGUAAAUCAAAUUCAAUUAAAUCUUUAUCUCUUCGUUUCAAUCGUGAAUUUAUAAUAUCUGAAACUGCUUCAUCCUCAUUAAAUCAUCUGACUAUUGAUGCUUGUUUUACAUCUGAUAUACCACAAUUAUUAUCUCUUUGUUCAUAUCUUCAUUCAUUAACUAUUAAAGUUGAACAAUCACGUCGUCGAUAUCCUCUUCUUAAUAUAAUCAAUUCUGAUCACCAACUUCAACGACAUAAUUUAUCAUCAAUAAUUUGUUCUUAUUUAACAUAUUUUUCAAUUGAUUUAAAUGAUUUAACAUUAUCUGAUGUAAAAUUAAUUCUUUCAACAAUGCCAUAUUUAUGUCAUUUUCGUAUUGAAGGUCUUACAUAUGAUAUAGAUUUUUCUCGAGGUGAUUUAUGGCAAAAGAUAUUUGAAAAUGAAACUAAAAAAAUAAAACGAUUCGAUAUAACUGGUUUACGUAUAUGGUUAGGUAAUAAUGCUGAUGAUGAUGAUGAUAAUCUUAAUUUAAUUAAUCAAAUAAUUCAUUCAUUUGGUUCAAAAGAUAAAUAUUGGGGAAAAUAUUGGUCUGUAUAUCAAACACAUAAACUUCGACCAAAUCAUCUUAAUUUAACAUUACAUGCUAAAAUUCUCUAA